GCUGUGCCUAUAGGCUGUCACCAGGAGAACGGUCCUGUUAAUUGCACUGCUCAGUCACGGCAAGGAGAGACAGGAGGAGGAGGUACAGAGUAAGAGAAAGAGAGAGAGAGAGAGAGAGAGAGAGAGAGGGAGAGAGAGAGAGAUAGAUAGAUAGAGAGAAAAAAACUUAAAUUUAUAGAGGAGGUUUGCACAAAUGAUGAUUGCAGAGUGCACAUGGAUUCGGUAGAACUUUCACUCCCCGAGUGUUUCUCCAUACACUCUGAACAACAGUAGAAUGAAUUUAUCAAAGGCCCAAGUUAAUAGUGAAGAUAAGUACGCCAAAUGCGGCUCUUGGAGAACACAACAGCAAUACGACGUCGAGGCCAGUCACAUGCGUGAUGCACAUGCUCUAUAUAACCAAAGGCUGCUCUGCAGAAUGUCCAACAAGGACCGCCACAUUGAGUCGAGUUGCCCCUCCUACAUCAAGACGGAACCUUCCAGCCCAGCCUCACUGACGGACAGCGUAAACCACCACAGCCCCGGCGGAUCUUCAGACGCCAGCGGUAGCUACAGCUCCACCAUGAACGGCCAUCAGAACGGUCUAGACUCGCCCACUCUGUACGGCCCCACUGGUGCUCUGGGCCCCAACGGUGCUGGAGCCAAACGCUAUGAGGACUGCUCCAGCACCAUCACAGAGGACUCACAGAUCAAAUGCGAGUACAUGCUCAACUCCAUGCCCAAACGCCUGUGUCUGGUGUGCGGGGACAUCGCCUCUGGCUACCACUACGGCGUUGCCUCCUGCGAGGCCUGCAAGGCCUUUUUCAAGAGGACCAUUCAAGGAAACAUUGAGUACAGCUGCCCCGCUACCAAUGAAUGUGAGAUCACCAAACGCAGAAGGAAGUCUUGCCAAGCCUGCCGCUUCAUGAAGUGUCUGACCGUUGGCAUGAUGCGAGAAGGGGUUCGACUGGACCGUGUCCGUGGUGGCAGACAGAAGUAUAAACGCCGGAUAGAUGCAGAGAACAGUCCCUACUUGAACCCUCAGCUGGCUUUGCCGCCCAAAAAACCAUUCCCCUUUGGCUGCCUUGCAGAUAACAAGAUUGUGUCGCACUUGCUGGUGGCUGAGCCAGAGAAGAUCUAUGCCAUGCCUGACCCCACCGUGCCCGACAGCGACAUCAAAGCCCUGACCACGCUAUGCGACCUGGCCGACAGGGAACUGGUGGUCAACAUUGGCUGGGCCAAGCAUAUCCCAGGGUUUUCCACGCUGUCACUGGCUGACCAGAUGAGUCUUCUUCAGAGCGCUUGGAUGGAGAUUCUGAUCUUGCGUGUAGUCUAUCGCUCACUGUCUUUUGAGGACAAGUUGGUGUACGCUGAGGACUACAUCAUGGAUGAGGACCAGUCCAAGCUGGCUGGCCUGCUCGACCUGAACAAUGCCAUUCUGCAGCUGGUGAAGAAAUACAAGAGUAUGAAACUGGAGAAGGAGGAGUUUGUCACUCUUAAAGCUAUUGCUCUGGCUAACUCAGAUUCCAUGCAUAUAGAGGAUAUGGAAGCUGUACAGAAACUCCAGGAUGUGUUGCACGAGGCCCUGCAGGACUUCGAGGCAGGCCAGCACCCAGAGGACCAGCGCCGGGCCGGCAAGUUGCUUAUGACCCUACCCCUGCUUCGGCAAACUUCCACCAAGGCGGUGCAGCACUUCUACAGCAUCAAACAGGAUGGCAAAGUGCCCAUGCACAAACUGUUUCUGGAGCUGCUGGAGGCCAAGGUCUAACUCCGUCCCUUGCUGGCCCCAUGCUAUACUGAAGGAGCUGGAGGGGUACGUCACAGACUCCACCCCUUCAUCCGAGCAGACACUGACUAAUUCUCUGCCACUGUUUGUGAAACCUUUGUCUAUAAACUUGAUCAAAUAAUAACUAAAAACAUAACCAUAAAGGUACUUCUAAUUACUGACAAUGAUACGUAAAUAUAAGAAUGAUUUAAAUUGUGAUUAUUGAGAAAAAUGUGAAAUGAAAACAAAAAAAUUACUGCUUUCAUUAUUUAGCAGUGGGACUUUAAACCAGCUUUUGACUUGUUCUUCUGGAAAAUCUGAUGCUGACAUUUUUUGUGCUAUUGAGACAUUUUGUUGAUUUUCAAAAGAGAAAUUCUCUGGAGCCGAGAAAGACCAGCCCUGCCAAAGGAAAAAGGUCCACCCAGUGGACACCAGCAAGCUAAACUUUCCCCGAACUGUACUGUUCAGCUCCCAUGUUGCUGAAGGAAUCUAGGAAUUAUCCCUCUUUACCAUGAAAUCCUCAUCAUUGUGACUAUGUGCAGUAUUACAUUACAAGUCAUCGGAGCAGUUCAACCAUGUGAUAGCCAAACAGAGAUUUUUAUGUCUUUGAAAAAGCUGCUCCUCACCAUUACUUAGCCAUGUGGAUUGCUCAUGUGUGUCUCACUCCCUUGUUGUUUUCUUUCAAGUCUUCCAAACACUUCUAGCCUCUUUUAAUGGUUUCAUUUUUAUCUUUUCAGGGAAUAGCCUAAGCUUUAGUCUUUCAUGCAAUACAAAGCAAAGACGAACUGCAGUGGUGAAAGAACAAACUAAUUUAUUUAUUCGUUUUAUUUUAUUAUGCUUUAUUUCAGUGUAUUUGUACUGUACUGAAGGAUGUAAAUAUAUAAUGUGGUCAUCAAACAUGAUGUUUCCUUAAUUAAUGUUAAUAAUUGAUCGUUAUGUUUUUCUACCGACCACCAUGUUUCGCAAAAUACGAAUCAUGAAUACGAAAACCUGGUAUCUUCUCUAAGCAAUAGAUGUUUAAAAAGUGAAGGUGUAAAUGUAUGCAAUUCUCUUUUGUUUAGUGCCACACUUAACUUUCGCUUUUCUGUCUGUGCUUGUCAUAAGAUGAUAGAUUACAUACAUGCAAUGGCCAGAAGGACCAUAACCAUUAUCUCAAGCAAAUUAUAUAUGCAUACUGUAUAUAUUAACUUCAUCCUCUAAAUUCUAUUGACAUUAUUUCAUACUGAAGCAGUAUUUGAACUGUUAAGCAAAAUAGCACUUAGCGAACACAUCACCACGAGUUGACGGAAAAACAUUGUAGGUUUAGUUUCAUGGCGGUCCUAAUUUUUUACAAGAAUAGUGUCAGAGAUAUCAUAACGUGAUGUAAUCUUCCUCAAAAUGCCAUUUUAAACAGAGAGGCUAACUAUCAAAGCAAGCAAUCCACAGCCUUCAUCAGAAAUAUGUCAGUAUUAGUAUGGGGUAUUUUCUGAAUAUUCUUAAGCAUUGUAUAUUGUAAAUUAACAGAUUAUAAAUCUAACCUAAGACAUUUUAUUGGAACAGAUCAAAAAGGUAAAAAAAAAAAUGUAGUGCAGCUUCUUGGUGUUUCAUGUCUGCUGUGUUUUAUCUGAAGCAGUUUUUCCCCCCGCUUUCUUCUGUCACACGCAAAAAUGUAGUGUACUUCCCGUAGUGAUCACAGUUCCCACUGUUCAGUAUGCUUUCUCUUCUUUUUCUCUCUUUUCUUUUUUUUCGGGACAGUACAAUUCGAGAUAAUACUGGACGUAUGAAUCCUCAAGAGACAGGUGCAAUGGGUUCUCAAAUAAAAGACUCUUUCUAGUUACUGUUAGAUUAACUGAUCACGAUCGAUAUAAUCUAUGCUGAUAUAUAAGUGAAUACAGAUAUUUAAAUGAGGUACACCAUGUACAAGAGAUCAUCUGUGUAACUCUGAUCUUAUAGACUAACACCUGUAUAUCAUAGGUUACGGAUAUUUCAAAAUAAUUAUUUUUCACCCUUUUUUUCUAAUCUUUCUCUAUUUUCCUUUUUUUAACUAAAUGCUGUACAGAAGGCCUUCCAUGCUGAACUCCAUUGGUAUAUAUAUCUUGACUCUUUUGGUUGCACAGGGAAGAUGCGUUUUUUGUUUGUUUUGGUGUAAGAUCAGUUUUUAAAGCUAUCCCUUUGACUGUGUGCUUAAUAAAAAUGAUGAAAAAAUAAGGACAGAUACUUUUUAAAGGGAAACGGGGAUGAGGGUUUUAGUUGCUUUUCCUCAGUCUUGAUCUAUAAAUACACUGUAUCUAUCAUUAGCUAUUCAAAACUCUAAAUAGAUUGUACUUUGGAAAGGGUAGUGUAAUGUGACUCUAGAUCUUAUCGCUCAUGGCAACUCAUCAGAUGGUUGAAAACGUUGGGUUGGGGUGAUCUUGCUCUUGAUAAGAUGUUGGUACUUUCAAUUUUUCAUGUGAACAAGAAAAAGAGGUGCUGUUUUCUUCUAUGUGAUUUUGUUUUCGUUCAUGUUCUUUUAGUGUUGUCUUUAAUACUGCUCACUAUGAAAAUCAAGUAUAUGAAACAAAACUCUCAUCUGCAACUUCAGAUGGGCUUUAUAAUUCUUUUCAGUUUUGUAAGGUUACACGGAAAUGAUAGCAAGUGGUCCUGGUCUAGAUUCAGACACUAUUUUAAGGUAUGCAUUUUUUUUUUUUUUUUAAGUUAUUCCAAGUUGGCAAUGCUUUCAGUGCACAUAAUGAUGAACAAAACAAUACUUUUAUGAAAUGUAUCAUGUCAUUUUGAAGAAAAUUGUAUGGAGACCUGUCAAACUAUUCAAAGACAAUUUUAUUAUGUCUUUCAACACCUUCCUCAUCUAUUCAGCAUAGAACUCCAAGUGUAAUUUAGCCGUACGGUACCGAAUACAACAUUGCUUUUGAGAGAUAUUUUCUUAUUUCAAGCAACAUGAUGGUAAAACACACAUCUGUUGUACAUUGUGAUUUCAUUAGAUCAAAAUGCUGUAACUAUUGGACUGUUGUGCAAAUUAUAGCAUAAUAGGAUUAAGGAUGAUCAAAUGUACAAACAACUGCUAUUUUUCAAUGUUAAAGAGGUUAUAGGUGUUGCUUGUAUUAAUUCAUGCAUCGACAAGUCUGCCAAAUGUAUUUAGGCUUCCUGGCAGUCAAACACAGAAACAUAGACCACUGAGGGAAAGGACGAGAUCCAGAAAAAGGAAGGGGAAAGAAUAAAAGAACAUUUGAAAAAGCUUUUAUGAUCAAUAUGAUAUAUUUCAACCGAGGAGUUGCUGAAACAACCUGUAGUGAGAAUCAUGUCUGUAGUUUUUAGAUGUGCUCCACAUCGGUAAAACUAUUAACUGUAUAUUUUUGUGAUGUGCAUCAUUGCUGUGUGCUCCAAACAAUAUGUCAAUUUGUGUAAAUGUAUUUAUUUUACAUUGUAUAUAUUGUUCAAUGCAAAAAGAGAGACCUAUGAUUCUGUAACUACGAUCAGUUCAGAUGUGUAACUCCAAUUAUGCCUUUCAGGAUAAUAGUAGAGCAAUAUUAAACAUGC